GGGGGGGGGGGUCAGAUUUCCCAGUACCAGAGAUGAACAGCUGCUGAAAUCUCAACUGGAAACUCAGAGGCUACCCUGAAACCCCCAGAGCAGGAUUGAUCAACACACAACCUGGCUUGUUAGGUCUAAAUCCAUUGACAGAGCAAGGAAACGACAUGGAUUUAAUACAAGCCUGACUGUGUGGAAAUCUAGCGCAAGUCUGAUUCAAGCAGCAACUAAUUAUGAACAGAGAAAAAUACACGCGGCGAUAAAGCCGAGCCGACUGGACAGCAUGCAACAGAAAAGCCAAACAGAACUGGCUGGUGAGUGACUGUGUCAGAGGAAAGCGGUGAGCCGUCCUGUUUAUAAGAGCUGCCUGGGAGACUUUACCCCUCGUUACUCCUGUUUACCAGAUCCAGUUUCAAACUGUCGAUCACUCACGGCAGAACAAUGGCUGUUGUAACUCCUGGUUACAAGAUGAGUAUACUGUAAAUACAUAAAGGCUGUGCAGAUUUACCACACAUACGGACAGCACACAGGGAAGUGAUUCUAAUACUGUGUGUUCGAGUGCAUUGAGAUACACACAGACUGGUUGUUGAACUGGUAUUAAGGGUGCCCUGUGAGACGAGAUGAAAUGAUGGAACUUGAAGUUAUAUAGAGCUUUUCAUCCCAUCUGCAUGUGCCUCUUGUGUAAUUUGGAGUGGAGCCAUUUCACAGCCAGCACUUUUCACUGCAGCUUUGACAUUGGCACUGGGAGUCAAUCAGUGUCAAUCUAGUGGACAGAGAGGAAUAACCGGCAUCCUUUCACCUUCUCCUCCUCCCAACCCAGAGGGGGGGGGGGGGGGGGGCUCUCUGUUUGAGAUGGCCGAACUCCAGCCCCCUAACCUCGAGUGUCCCAUCUGCUUCGCCCCCUAUGACAACGCCUUCAAGACUCCCCUCAAGCUGCCUGUCUGCUCCCACACCUUCUGCCUGGAGUGCCUGUCUCAGAUGUGCCUCUUCCUCAAGCCCUUACAGAUCUUCCACUGCCCCCUCUGCAGGGCCCCUGUCCCUGUCCCGCCUGGAGGGGCCCCCAGCAUGCCGCCCAACAUGGAGGUAGUGUCCCAGCUGCCCCCCUCCCAGCGCGGGCCCCUGCGUAGAGUCUGGCUCCAGGGGUCCCAGCUCUGCUACUGGAAGCUGCAGCCCCCCUACAGCGAAGGGCAGGAGGAACUCGGGCAGGACGCGGUAGUCCGGCUCCAACUGAUCCAAGCCCCCCCGGGCCAGCCGAGCCCCCCCAGGCAGGCUGACCUCAUCCCAGUGAGAGCUCAGCGCAGGCUGCUCUUCAGACAGGCCUGUCGCAACGUCUGGUGUCUGGGCAUGGUGCUCCUGAUCUCCACCAUCAUGCUGUUCUCAGCCAUCUUCUUCCCUGUUUACACAAACUGGCACUGGAAUAAGAACUCAGGCAGGCCGGGCUGAAAGGGA